AUGCCUGCUCACCCAAAGGGGUCGAGUUCCCCUACGCAACACCGGGUUGGGGAGCACUGGAGUGGAAACAACCCUGUCCCGACGAUCGGCCGAUUUAUUGAACGUCUCCAGGCAGACCAGCAGGACCGCGAAGCACAUCAGAAAGCGUCGGCGUCGAAGACGCAUGACGAACAGACAGACGAGAAUGCUGUUCCACAUCGACCACAGAAGGUGGGCAAGGGGAGGACCCGAGAAGUCACAGACCCUACGACGGGAAGAGAGAUUGAGGUUGAGGAUUUGGACGAGUCUGCUAUGGAGCCUGUAAAGAACCCGAAGUUGGUUGUACCUAAUGCCAACCUCGGUAAGGAUACGCCAGUAAGGUCCGACUCGAAUCAACCGCUAUCCGAAUAUAAGGAAAACCAAGAUAUUACAGCACCGCCGGAUCCCAUCGCAGAGGGUACUACAUCCGACGUGCCCAUUCACGGAGAGAGAACGAACAUCCUCUUCCACCCGACGCCGACGGUCUCCUUCAAACCCAUGUUUGAGAACUUGGAAAAGCGAGGGGCCAGUCUAUGUAUUGGCAUCGUGGCCGGGAUCAUUGUCCUCGGCCGGACUUUUGGCGCCUCAUACUGGGGACUUUUCCCUCUAGCUUUCUGUAUUGCCAGUGGCGUCUGGCUAUGGGUACAGGAAGUGAUCCGCAGUGGCAGAGAGAUGGAAUGGAGUAGUGAACAGUUACGUGGACAAGUUGCGACAGCGAAUUUGAUCCCAGAAUCCGUUGAAUGGAUGAAUACGUUUUUGGGCAUAAUCUGGGGCCUGAUCAACCCGGACAUGUUAGCACCGAUCUCUGAUACCAUUGAAGAUAUUAUGCAAGCGUCCUCACCUGGUGUGAUUGAGAAUGUUCGAAUUGCAGAAAUUGAUCAGGGAAACAAUCCAAUACGGCUUUUAAGUCUGCGAGCUCUUCCGGAUGAGAAUGUGCAACAGUUAAAGGAGAAUGCCUCUCGAGACAAUAGGGAAAACAAGGACCCAGACGAAGCAGCGGCGCUGGAAGAAGGGGGGAGCUUUUACAAUUUCGAAGCAUCUUUCGCCUACCAUGCAAAGCCCACCGGCCAGAGCGCUUCUGCUAAAGCCCGCAACAUGCACAUGCAGCUUGUCUUCUAUCUUGGAGUUCGUGGACUCUUCGGAGUGCCUUUCCCAGUCUUCGUGGAGCUGAUAGAGAUGGUUGGAACAGUGCGUGGAAGGCUUCAGCUAGUUCCCGAGGUGCCGUUCGUCAAAGACUUGACAUUUAGUCUGGCUGGUAUCCCUCAUAUCAAAGCCGGCUGUAUGCCGAUGUUCAAAACAGGCGUCAACGUUUUAAACCUCCCCUUAAUUUCCAACUUUGUCAACUACGCCAUUGGUGCCGCUUGCGGUAUGUUCGCCGCUCCUAAGUCUAUGACGAUGGAUCUUAGUAUGCUGGCAAAGGGUGAUGAUAUUGUUAAGGAAACGCAGGCGCUUGGAGUCAUGUGGGUUCGCAUUCAUCGUGCGGUGGGCUUGAGCAAGCAAGACAAGCGUGGCAGUGAGGGUGGCGGUAGCGACCCUUAUAUCAACCUUUCGUUCUCGAAAUAUGGAAAGCCGAUGUAUUGCACCCGUGUGAUCACAGAUGAUCUGAAUCCAGUCUGGGAAGAAACGGCAGCACUACUUGUGAAUGCUGAACUCAUCAAGGCGAACGAGAACCUUAGCGUUGAGCUCUGGGACUCUGAUCGUCACACAGCGGAUGAUAUUGUUGGCAAGGUGGAGCUGCCUAUUCGCGAAAUGAUCCAGCAUCCAUGCCGGAUGUACCAGCAUGUAUCAAAACUUCAGGGUAUGAACGAGGGAAGUGAAAUGCCCGGCGAGCUGCACUGGGAAGUCGGAUUCUUUGGCAAGCCGAAACUGAGGAAUGAGCUGAGGACCGACGGCAAGGUCAAGGAUUUGCCGGAGAAUCUGAAAGCCGACAAGCAAUUUGAGGACGACAAGGGUGUCAUCACCACGGAGGAAGAGGAAGCCGUCACGCAUACUCCGCCUGAUCCUUUGUGGCCAAGCGGUAUUCUCAGUGUCAUCGUGCAUCAGAUUGUCAACCUCCAGCUUGUCAAUGUCAAAGGAAGUAACGGAAACCGCCAAGGGAGAGAGUAUGAGCCGGCAAAGCCUUACGGAGAGAACACUGAGGAGCAAGGUGGAGAGCUGCCCACCAGCUACUGCAAGAUCAUGCUAAACGACGAACUCAUCUAUCGCACACGAGCGAAAGCUCUGAGCUCGAAACCAAUCUUUAAUGCUGGAACAGAGCGGUUCGUGCGCGACUGGCGCUCAGCAGUGGUGUGUGUGACGGUCAGAGACCAGAGAUACAGAGAGCACGACCCUAUUUUAGGUGUCGUUCCUCUGAAACUGUCAGAACUCUUCCAGACCAGCUCCCAGGUCACCAGGUGGUACCCCCUUGACGGAGGAGUUGGCUUUGGCCGAAUCCGCAUUUCGCUCCUGUUCAGGCACGUUGAGACUAAACUGCCUCCCCAAAUGCUUGGAUGGGACGUUGGAACUUUCAAGUUCACCGGGAAUCUCACCGCACAAGGCCUCAGCCAGAAGACCAAGGUUCGCGUACGUACAGGAGGAAGUAGUAGCAAGAUCCCGCGGCACGUAUGCAGCGUCAACGCAGACAACUCGGUUUCCUUCGACAUCUCUAACAUUGAUCUGCGCCUCCCCGUCAAGCAUCGCUACCGGUCUCCCGUCGUAUUCGAAUUCGUUUCUCAAGGAAAGCGCCAUCACACGGGUUACGCAACCCUCUGGCUGCAACACCUCGUCGAUAACAACGAUACCCCCAUCGAUAUCCCAAUUUGGCAAACGAAGAAUGGCACGCGCCUGACGCAGAACUAUAUAACCGAAGACAAUCUCGAGGAAAAACGCAGCCCAGGUCUCGAGGAUAUCCAGGAGGUUGGGCGCCUCCGGUUCAGCUGCGUUUUCACUCCUGGCAUUGACGAAUCCCAUGAGCACUUCGUUGUUGAUAACAACUCCCGCGAGACCUUCGAGACGUGGGAGGCUUGUAUGGCCGAGGGCGCCCGUCCGCGUCAUAUCGAGGCUGAAGUCCCCGAACGUACUGAGCAGAUGCACGAGAAGUCACUCCUCCAGGGCCGCGAUAUCCUCAAGGUCGCUGAUCCCAAGGAGCGCCGCCGCUGGAUUGACAAGGAGGGUCGAGACUGGAGCGGCGCAUUCGGCCAAGAUCCCCUUGCUCAGAUACAGGAGCAAGAGAAAAGUGGAAAGGAAGAGCCUGGUCAAGAGGAUGGUUUGAUGCACUUACCAGAUGACGACUCGCACUCAGACACCAGCGAUUCCUCCAACGAACACGGACGAGAACAUAAACACGGAGAUACAGCCAACGCCAUAGUCGAACCCUCGAACCCGAUUGCGUCCGACCCCGUCUCCAACCAGGACACCCAAGCUACGCCAAACAACGGCACCCCGCCUAGCAGUAGCUACACCCAGCGCACAAGCACGGGCACGAGCCAGAUAUCCACCAUCAACACUGCCGACACGGCUUCAAGCUCAACAACCUCUAAGCGCGCCGCCAAGCGCAGCGAGCAGCGCCAGCAGCGUGGCCUCAUGCAGUGGAAGCCCGCUCGUAAUGCUCAGUUUGCAAAAGACGAGGCCAAGUAUGCCUUCAGAAAAGUCCGACAACACUUCAGUGGGGAUCUGUCGGGUAGGGAGCCGGAUAUUGAGACGGAGACAGGGAGCUAGAGCUAGUUGCCUACUUUUUCGCUGCAUCGCCUCUAGCUUGUUGUGUGAGUUCAUAGCACGGAGUUAUUGUGACACAGAUGAAUUUUUUUAUUGCUCACGCGUAGUGUAUGAUAUCAAUGGGUAAUUAUGAUUCCAGCCAGGCUAUGCAUACUGCAAUGAAUAAAUUUUCUCACUCGU